GGCGGUGCCUCGCCCGGGAGCGCGGCACACCGCGCCGCAUCCCCUCUGCGCAUCUUGCGGACAGGAGGGCAGCGGCCCUGCUGCGCCCAGCAACCGCUGCGAUGAGCGCGCCGGGGAAAGCGCGCCGCGAAAGAGGCAGCCUGGCGGAGUACGAGACGCAAGUGAAAGAAAUGCGCUGGCAGAUGGGGGAACAAGUCCGAGGUCUUGACUCUCAGGCUGAGAGUCGCCAGCAGUUACUCCAAGAUGUGGCUGACUUCCUGCGCCGGAAGGCUGAGGUGGAGCAAGAGUAUUCCCGGGGACUGGAGAAGCUGUCGGAACGCUUCUCAGCUAAAAUUCGUGGCUCCAAGGAGCAUCAGAAUUUCAGGAAGGACCAGAAUCUCCCAUCCCCUUUGAAUUGCUGGUACACAAUUCUCAACCAGACGCGACAGGCAAGCCGGGAUCAUGGUGCACUGAGCGAAAUCUGCACAGGCCACUUGGCACUGCGGUUGGUGCACAUCAGUGAAGAUGUUGGGAGGCUGGCCCGUAAGAGCAAAGAGAUGGAGCAGCAGAUGCAAGAUGAGCUACUGAAGGCUAUUUCAGAGUUACAGAUGGCCAUGAAGUCUUAUCAGACAUACCACAUUGACUGUCUGAAUGCUGAGGCCAAGCUGCGUGAGGCGGAGCGACAGGAGGAGAAGCGCAGUGGCGGGAGGCACACUGACCCUGGGGGCUCCCCUGGUGGAGCAGGCCUUGAUAGGCCCCGUCGCACCACCUCACUCCGGAAGGUUGAGCGGCUGCUGGAAAAGAGACAGUCUAAGUUCCUGGAGAGCAAGCUGAAAUGUGCCAAGGCCCGGAAUGACUACCUGUUGAGUCUGCACGCCGCCAAUGCAGCCAUCAGCAACUAUUAUGUGCGCGAUGUUGCUGACCUGCUAGAUUGUUUUGACCUUGGCUUCCACCUUUCUCUGGGCAAAGUGCUGAGGACUUACCUAGCAGCAGAGUCCCGGGCCCAAGCAUCUUGGCAACAGGGUCUGUGCACCAUUGAAGGAGCAGUGGAUGCCUUGGACCCACUGGGGGACAAGUCCAGGUUGAUGGAGGCCAACGCUGCAGCUUACUGUCCUCCUAUGUGCUUCGACUACCAGCCUCAUGAGGGUGACGAGGUAUCUGAGGUCCGGGCUGAGGGUCCCUUGAGAAAUGAACUCGUCUCCCGCUUCCAGCACAUUCAGGCCCGCCUUAACGCCAUCACCCUGGAGACAGACGAGGUGAACAAGACUCUGAAGGCCACCCUGAAAAGCCUGCUAGACCUGUUGGCAGCGGAGGAGCCAGAAGCGCUCGAUGCCUUUCAGGGUUGUCAGUCCACGGAAUCACUCAAGUCUACAGGCUCUGAUGCUGGUGGGAAGCAGGCAUUGGCGAAGCGCCGGGCCAACCAGCAGGAGACGGAGAGCUUCUACAUCAUGAAAUUCAAAGAAUAUCUCUCCGGACGAAGCAUUCAAACAAAACUGCAAGCAAAGCAUGACCAGAUGAAGGAGGCAAUAGAGAAGGGUGCUGCAGUGGACCGAGAACUUGCCAGGCCACAGUCCCAGCGUAUCCGGCGUUCCCGCCCUCCCUCGUGCUACCAUCACAAGCUCUUCGAGGGUGACCUGCAGGCCUUUUUGGAGAGCUCAGGCCAGGCAGUCCCCCUCGUUGUGGAGAGCUGUAUCCGCUUCAUCAACCUCCAUGGGCUCCAGCAUGAAGGCAUUUUUCGGGUGCCAGGGUCCCAAGCACAGGUAGCAGAGAUUCGGAAUGCUUUUGAGAAAGGUGAGGACCCACUGGCAGAUGGCUACACACAGCAUGACCUGGAUUCAGUAGCUGGAGUGCUGAAACUGUAUUUUCGGGGGCUGGAGAAGCCACUUUUUCCUAAUGAUAUUGUUCCUGAGCUGCUGGCAACAGCCCAACUGGAGUCUUCAGCUGAGCGUAUCUCUCACCUCCAGGCUCUCCUUUCCCAGCUCCCACCCGCUGUACUGGUGGUUCUGCGGUACCUCUUUGCUUUCCUCAACCACUUGUCCCACUAUAGUGACGAGAACAUGAUGGAUCCCCACAACCUAGCCGUGUGCUUUGGCCCCACCUUGGUGACUGUCCCUGCAGGCCAGGAUGCUGUGUCGGUGCAGCCCCACAUCAAUGAAGUGGUGAAGUGCCUGAUUGUGCAUCAUGAGGCUAUCUUCCCUGGGACCAGCCAGCUGCCCGGGCCCCAGUAUGAGAAAGUCAUGGCGUUGGCCGAGGAGGAGUACUGUGAUGUGCUGCAGCUGGAGGCCACAGCAGAGGAGGCAGAGACAGAGGGGACCCCUGAAACGCCAGCUAGCGAAGAUGAGUGUGACUCCCAGUCUGAGCCUGUGUCCCGCUCUACUCCUGUGGCUCCACAUGAGGAGCGGUUUGUGCCACAGCGAGUGGCCCCUGUUGGCUGGCGGCGAGGUGAGCAUGGUGGCAACCGUGGACUAGUGCCUCCCAUUGUCUUGCCUGACAGCGAGAAACAAUCUAGCCCCCGGAGUUCCAGGUUAGAGAUUGACACGGGAUCCUCUCUGGAUGAGCUGCUCCCUGAACCCGCCAGCAGACUGCGGGUGAAUUCAGAUGCAGGUGGUGGGGGUCGCCAGCGUGGUGGUGGGAGCAGCCCCAUCCGCAAGCUGGCAUCGCCCUUCAUGGAUGGGGGCCGUCUGUCCUUCCCCCUCCUGCAGGCUGCCCACUCCAGAUCCUUUCACCCAAUCGAAAGGCCAGACCGCUGGAGUGAAGUUUCUCCACGACCCUGGGGAGGCAACACCUCUGAGAGGCAGGAAGCAAUGGAGAAACGGGUGGAAGUAGAUAAGGAGGUUACCAGGAAUAUGGAUUCUGUGUUCAAAGAACUUCUUGGAAAAACAAGCUUGAAGCACACGGGGGCUGACAAUCCCCUAAACCACCCUGAGACACCAGAUCCCCUGAGGGGCAACCUUGUUGGCAAGAAGGGUGCCAUCCCUGCCAAACAGGUCUAUUCAAACAGAGUGCUCCUGCGGGGCAGAGGGGUCUUCAAAUCCUCGGGGAAUGGAGAGUGAGACAGACUUGGGGUGGGGGAAAGUAUCCCCAACAUGUCCUGCCCAAUACUGUGAUUAUCUCUUGCCCCCCACCUCCCCUUUAAUUUUCUGAAUACCAACUCAGGGCAGAUGUGUGUGUCUCUUUCGCUUUCCUUUGCAAAAUGAUUUGGGAGGAUGCUAAUGGGAAAGCUGGUGAUUUGAUUUUUAUGGAAGUUUAAUUUUCAAACCAAAUGUUUAAGGGACAUUUGCUGUCCAGCGCCCUCAUGCACUGGAGGUGAGUCUGAAGGUUGUAAUAUUGUGGGAUCGGGUGGGUGCUUAAACAUAGGGCAACUUUUAGGAUUGUUUGCACCCACCCUUUCACUCUCUCCUCUGCUACCAAUGGUUUGCACUUGGAUUUGCAUGUGAAAGUGGUGCGGUGGGGGU